CCAGUUCCACCCCUGGGGAUGAUCUUUUAUAUUCCGUAGGACCACAGGACUUACAACAUCCCAUACGACGCGGAAGUGAACCGCGAGGCGGCGCACAGGGCCGGAAGUGGAAGCGCCGGGCGGAACGGAAGGAGGAAUCGGCUCAGCUGGUGUGGUCGAUCUUCGGGGUGGGCGUCUUCGGCGGCUGGGAAGGGCGAUUCGGUGUGUGUACACGGGUUUUUAGUCGAGUUGAGAAAGAGCGCCGGCCGAGAGCGCCCUCAGCCUAGUGUCCCUGGACUCCUGCUACCUCCCGAAAGCCCCAGGCUGCCUUCGCAGCCAACGAUAAAACCCGAGCUUAUCCCGCUCGCAGCUCUGGGAAUGCUUUUUGUUCUCACAGAGGGAGGCGUGGCAGGCGAGCGGAGGGAACGUCAGCCAGCGGGUAGAGCCCCAGGGCCCUGUUCUAUAUCCUGAGCUGCAAGACAAGAAAAACAUCAUGCAAACUCAAAUUUGUGUUGGACCCUCAAUGUUGUGUUGAAAACACCUGAAUGUCCACCUGGCCUCAUUAAUCUAUUAAUUUCAUGUAACCAGAGUGCUGUCCUUCGUAUCUGUGGGAAUCAGAAGUGUAUCGGGCCCAUCCACUGCCCUGUGUUCAGGAGCUCUAGUGUUGGAGUUAGGAUGGCAGCAACUAUCAGUCCUCUAAUAUAUGUUCAGUCUUCUCGGUACCCACUGUCUCCUGAGGAAGGACAGAUGGGGAAAAAAGGGCUAGCUACUGAGUUCUUUACAAGUUUGUUAGAGGAAUUGGUGUCCUUCGAAGAUGUGACUGUACAGUUCACACAGGAGGAGUGGGCUCUGUUGGAUCCUUUGCAAAGAACUCUGUACAGGAACGUAAUGCUGGAAAACUGGAAGAACCUGGCCUCACUUGGGCAGCACCUUGAUAAACCAAACCUGAUAUCCCAGUUGGAACAAGAAGGCAAGGUUAUAACAGAGGACAGAGGAAUUAUUCCAGGCAUCCAUCCAGAUUUGGAGACGGUACUUAAAGCCAAAUGGCUAACUCCUAAGAAUCUUAUUUUUAGAAAAGAACAUGAUAACGGUGGAAAAACAGUACAACUGGAGGAAAGAGGUCAUCAUGGAAUGAAAGUCAAUGAAUGCAAUCAAUGUUUUAAAGUCUUCAGCACAAAAUCUAACCUUACUCAGCACAAGAGAAUUCAUACUGGAGAAAAACCAUAUGACUGUACCCAGUGUGGAAAAUCCUUCCGCAGCAAAUCUUAUCUUACUGUUCACAGAAGAAUCCAUAAUGGGGAAAAACCUUUUGAAUGCAAUCACUGUGGGAAAGCAUUUAGCGAUCCCUCAUCCCUCAGACUUCAUGUAAGAAUUCACACUGGGGAAAAGCCCUAUGAAUGCAACCAGUGUUUUCAUGUCUUUCGUACCAGUUGUAACCUCAAAAGCCACAAAAGAAUUCAUACAGGGGGUGAAAAUCACCAUGAAUGUUCUCAGUGUGGAAAGGCCUUCAGUACAAGGUCCUCGCUCACUGGACAUAAUAGCAUUCAUACUGGAGAAAAACCAUUUGAGUGCCAGGAUUGUGGGAAAACCUUCAGGAAGAGCUCAUAUCUAACCCAGCAUUUAAGAACUCACACUGGAGAGAAGCCCUAUGAAUGUAAUGAGUGUGGAAAAUCUUUCAGCAGUAGUUUUUCUCUAACUGUACACAAGAGAAUACAUACUGGAGAAAAACCAUAUGAAUGCAGUUACUGUGGAAAAGCUUUUAAUAAUCUCUCAGCUGUGAAAAAGCACUUAAUGACUCAUACUGGACAAAAGCCCUAUGGAUGUAACCACUGUGGAAAAUCUUUUACCAGUAACUCCUACUUGUCUGUGCACAAAAGAGUACAUAAUAGGUGGAUAUGAAUUGUGGUGAAUAAUUACUAAGGAAAUUUCUGUGCAAAACCUUUGUUGAUCCUAAGAUAAUUUGAGAGAAUUUGCACCAGGUGUAUACAUUAUCUAUUGCUCUAUAUAUCCUCCGCCCCACCCCACCCCCAAUUUUGUGGUUUCAGACAAAUACCUCACAUUUUUAGGUCAGGAAUAUGAAGGCACUUUAGUACUGUAGUUUUUUUCUAAGAACUUCUCAUGAGCUUACAUUCAAGACUUCAAGCAGAGCUGUAGUUUUCUAAAUUUGUUAUUGAAGGAACCAUUACUAGGAUGUCUCACACACAGGCCUAGUGAUUUUCCACUGGUUAUUGACAGGAAACUGUCAGUGCUUCACCAUGUAGGCCUCUCUGUGUGAUUAUAUAUCUCUAUAAUAUGGCAAAAGAACAACUCACUACCCCCAAGUUCCAAGAGAGCCAAUUAAAAAAUGAGGUAUCAUUCAUGACCUUGGCUCCAGAAGGCUGUUUCACUUCUUCCCUGUUAUACUCUCAAUCACAGACCAACCUUGAUACUGUUUGAGAGAAAACUACAGAAUACCUGAGGGCCAGGAGAUAGCUUUCUGAGAAGCAUUUGAGAAACUUGCCAUGAAAUUAGUGAAGAGAAAUCAUCAAUAGAUUUUCAUUCUUUUGAUAAGUAUGAAAUGUCAUUCAGUUAAUUGUUAAAUUUGUAUGCAGAGAUGUCUAUGUGAUAGAGUUUUUUAGUUCAUGUUGUAUAUGCCCCAAAGAUAUGUUGGGGAGAUCUUGUGGGUAGAAUAAUGAGCAUGUGGCAAUGGCCUCUAGUGAUCCCAAUCUUUUCAGUCUUUCUGGUGGGCAACAACUGAAAAAUACAAGAAAUUUAGAAAACUAUACAGCAAAGUGUUCACAUUACUGACCACAAGUAAUGAAGUGCUCUGCAGUGAUCAUGGGAAAUGUUUGACUGUUUCCUGUCUUGAAGAGGAAUGAUAAUGCUUUCUGAAAAGCCCCCUUAAACUCAAAGCUAUUGGCAAGCCUUUGAGGUGUCCUCUAAUGGAGGAAAAACUUUGCAGUGAUUCCUCCUAAGCAUAUAAAUUAGAGGCAUAUCUUAGGAAAGUGAAGGAAUACAUGCCAGAGUGCUUUAGCUUCCGCUUUCUAUUGAGAAACUGUGUAAUUUAUACUGAAAAUGAAAUGGAUGAGUGUGGGGUUUCUCUUAGUAGGUAGUAUCUGCAGGCUCAAUUACCAGAUUGUUGAUUUACAAUUUUGUUCUAUAACCAUGUAUGUUUAUAUGUAUGUCUUCACUGCACCCCCUGCCCACAAACAAGCCCUUAACAUUUCCCAAUCCUCAGUGCAGUGUUCUUGUAGCUUAUCUUCCAAAGAGCCGGGAGUGCUAGCACACAAUACUAAUUGUAGUACUUAGGAGACUGGCAAUAUGGAUUUUGAAUUUGAUGCCAGCCUGACCAGCUGACAUAGUAUUUUUGUCAGAGUAUGCAACAUUUUGAUAUUGAUCCUUUCUAUUCUUUCUGUCCUGUGAGUGCCUGGUCUCCUUUUUGUCCUACUUAAAGCCAACAAGAUGGCUCAGUGGGUGAAGUUGCUUGCCAUAAAACCUGAUCACCUCAGUUUGGUUCCCCCUAACCCAGACAGUGAAAAGAGAGAAUGGACUUCCAGAUGUUAUCCUCUGACAUCAGCAUGCAUGUCAGCCCAACAACCAAGUAAAUACUUUUUCCAGUAUGUAAGCAGUAUUAAAAUAAUACAUCAGGAUUUCUUGAAGUCUAAACACUGGUGCCAUGAAAUUUGGAGGGUGAAGGGAAAGCCUGACUUCUUACUCAUUUUCUCUUCUCACACUUUCUGUUGGUAACUAGCUGUAAGAUCUGAAAUAAGAACUGGUUUGCUUUGGUUUGCUUUGGUUUGCUUUGGUUUGCUUUGGUUUGGCUUUUCAA